GGGCGGCAGCGAUCCGGCAGCGAUCCCGCAGCGGUCCCGGCAUGGGGAACAUCGCCUGCGUCCCGCAGGCUCCCGGCGGCUUCAGGAGCUCCUUCCGAAGGAAACCCUCGCUGAAGAAGGAACAAAAUGGCAAGAAAAAGCUGCCCAGCUUCUUUGGGAUAGAUGGAGGCCAGGAGAGAGACACGACCACGGACAAAAUCCUGCAGUACAUUCCAGCCAAGAUUAUCCAGAAGCAGGAGAACCAGAAGGAAAACUUGGACCAGAGGUUCCCCAGCCUGUUCAAGAAGGGCCGAAGGAAAACGGUUGUCAGGAAUUUGGGCAAAAUUAUUUAUUACUCCAAGGUCAAGUUUAAGUUCCAGCACUGCCAGGAGGUCAACAGCUGCUUCCUGGAGCUGUUCCAGUCCUACCUGUACUUCCAGUCCACGGGUCCCAACGGCCUCACCUACCAGGGGCUGCUGCCUCUGAAGGAGCUGCGGGUGCGUGAGCUGGGGGCUGGCCAGAGCCCCGGCCAGCAGGACCACGCUUUCCACAUCUCAGGGCCCCUGCUGAACCCCCUGGUGGUGUUCUGCCAGUCUGAGGCCGAGCUGAAGCAGUGGCUGUACCACCUGGAGAAGCAGAUCCAGCUCUGUGGAGGGAGCCUGGCCUUGCCCCUGCUGUCCCAGAGCGGCUGGACGCAGAGUGCCGGGGACAAGGAGGAGCUGCGCUGGUCCGUGCAGAACCUGCCCGUGCAGGAGUGGAGGGGAACCCAGCGGGAAUCCCUGGGAGAAAUCCUCUGCGUGUCCAAGGUGAAGCUCCAGCACCUGCCCUUCCAGGAGCAGCACGACCGGCUGCUGGUGCUCUACCCCUCCACGCUGGUGAUCGUGUCCGAGGAGCCCGCUGGCCUCUGUUUCAAGGGAGAGCUCCCCCUCAACGCCAUCCAGGUGCUUUUUGAGGAGAAUGACAAAACCUCCUUUCUGAUCGAAGGCCGACUGAUAAAUUCCAUCCGGGUGACCUGUCCCAGCUACCAGGACUACCAGGAGUGGCUGUACUGCCUGAAAACCGCCCAGUUCCGAAACGCAGACUCCUCCCUCUCGGGCUCCGAGAGCUUCUCGGUGGGCUCCAAGCCGCCCCACCCCAGCCAGUUCCCCAGCAGCGGGAGGGGAUCCCUCAGCUCUGACGGCCGGACGAACUCCUGGGCGUCCGGUGGGAGAGUGACCACGCUGACCCAGCUGUCCCAGCCCAGCUCCCUGCCCGAUGGCCACUCCUUCCUGCUGAGCCCCGAGGGCAGGCUGCUGGAGGAGCCCCUCUCCCCUGGCUACUCCCAGCCUCUCCAUAGCCUGGCACAGCCCAGCUGGCCCAGCUCAGGGCUGCCCACGCAGGAGCUGCGCAGGGGGAACAGCGCCAGGAAAUCCAAGGGCAAGAGCGGCGGGCAGCAGGGGCCCGGGCAGGAGCCCGAGAGGAGCUGCAGCCUCGUCCCCGAGAGCCCCCCGGGAGAGACCCCGUCCCCCGUGUACCAGGAGCCCUACAGGGCACACGGCCCCCAGCAGCACCCCCCGGCACAGCUGGAGCUGGGCAGGUUCCUGCAGUGCCACGGGCAGACAGGACCAGCCCAGGGCACCGUGCCAGGUGCCCAGCAGCUGUCCCUGGAGCAGUGGCACUGCCAGCCCCUGCCAGGGCACUGCAGGGAGGUGCCCUCUGUCCCCAUCUACAGCACCCCGGGCACCGCACGGCGGCUGCAGCUGCGGGCACCUGCCCAGGGCUCCUACCUGGGGGAGAUGUGCUCGCUGCCACAGGAACAGCUGGGCCCUGAGCUGCGUCCCCCAGAUGGCCCCUAUGCCCUGGCAGACGCCGCCUGCCCCUGCCGGGACUCCUCGUCCUACCACGACUACGCGGAGCUGCAGAGCUUCCAGAGCGACCGGAGCUACGACAACCUGUGGGAGGCGGAGGGGAGGGAGCCGGGCAGCCCCGGGCGGGCCCCGCCGGUGUUCCAGGUCUGAGCCCGGGCAGGAGAACCCGGCACGGGCAGGGAGGAGCCCGCAGCUCUGCCCGCAUGGCCUGGCACGUGUGGGGCUCGCUGCCAGCCCCAAACCCCGGCGUGGGGCCGAGCAGAGCAGCCCCAGGCUCUGUGGGGCUGCAGGAGCAGCUGUGCCUCAAAAAGGCUGAGGCUGCUCCAAAAAUCCAGCUGUGCCCCCGAAAAUGCCAGAGCCAAAGGGUCAGGCUGCCUCGGGGAAGGGGACGUGGUGAGCAGAGGGAGAACCCAAGAGGUGCCUGCAUUAGUUGGGUUCCUUUGCACCAGAGCCCUCGGCUGCUCCCUGUGAGGAUCCCUGGGAACAGCAAUGUCAGGAUCCCUGGGAACAGCAAUGUCAGGAUCCCUGGGAACAGCAAUGUCAGGAUCCCUGGGAACAGCAAUGUCAGGAUCCUUGGGAACAGCCCUGUCAGGAUCCUUGGGAACAGCAAUGUCAGGAUCCCUGGGAACAGCAAUGUCAGGAUCCUUGGGAACAGCAAUGUCAGGAUCCCUGGGAACAGCAAUGUCAGGAUCCUUGGGAACAGCAAUGUCAGGAUCCCUGGGAACAGCAAUGUCAGGAUCCUUGGGAACAGCAAUGUCAGGAUCCUUGGGAACAGCAAU